GUGUGUUACCGCGUAUGUUGAGAGGAGGAGGCGAGCGUGUGGACAAAUCCAGACAGUCGUGUGUGCGCUGUUUUUGAGUUAAUGUGACGCAGGGACAAAAGCAAAUCAGUUACACAGCGGCAGUUAGAUCAGUUAUCGCUGCAGCAGAGAAAAAUGUCGAUUUCGGGGUGUCGGAGUCUCUCCGCAUCCUUCCAGGACCGAGGACAUCAUCGAAGGAUCCAUGUUUACGACUGCCGCUUUCAAAAUAGAAGAGUUACGGAGAAAGUACUGGAAGCGAGUGGUUUGGAUUUUAACGACUUCCUUCAAGAGUUACACAGGGAAUUUUCUCUCACUUCACUUGAAACAUUUGUCCUGACCACAACUGACAGAACAGUCCUGGAUUUUGACAAGUUUGAAGAGCUUGAAGAUGGCGCCACCCUCCACUUGCUGCAAACAGAAGACCAAGCUCUGCCGCAGGCUACAGAGGAGCGUGUUAAUUUUCUUCCUCAUUAUGAUACAUUGGUCAAGAGUGGCAUGUAUGAGUAUUAUGCUAGUGCAGGCCAGAACUCUUUACCAUAUUCGCUUGCUGAGUUGGUGGACAAUGCACUUACUGCCACAUCUAAGAAUAUGGGCAUGAGGACACUUGAGAUUCGAAUGCUGUUUGAUGAGACGGUUGGAAAAUCUGCAGUGAUUGUCUUAGACAAUGGAUGCGGGAUGACAUCUAAGAAGCUCAACAAGUGGGCGAUAUACAGACUGUCGAAAUUUGCCCAGAGAAACAAUAGUUCUGAGAGUAUGGAAGAGGUGUAUAAACGGCCUGGUCCCGUCCCUCGUAGUCUCAACAGUGAUAUAUCCUUUUUUGGAGUAGGAGGAAAACAAGCUGCUUUCUACAUUGGAAAUUCAGUCAGGAUGAUCACCAAAUCCAUACAUUCUCCAGAUGUUCACGAGAUGAUGCUCUCAGCAGACGAUUUUGAAAGAAAAGCAAAGAACAAACAGGAUAUUUACAGUGGAAUCAUCCUAAACAGAAAACCUGGAGAUUUCUCACAUGUUCAACUUCAGGAUGAGCGCUUUCUUCAGGAUCUCAUUAAGGAGGAAAAUGGGAAGGACAGCUUCACUGCUGUUGUCAUUACAGGAGUAAGACCUGAGCAUAUCGAUUUCCUAAAAAAUUCCUUUGAAGUGUGGACCAGAAAGCUUGCUCACUUAUAUCAUUACUAUAUUCAUGGACUUGGUGGAAAUAACUUGAGAAAAAGCUCCACAAGCACUGACCAGCUUCCUAAACUUGACAUUCUGAUCACUUUGCGAGAGAAGCCUCCCAGAUGUCCUCGUGUGAUAAAUCUCAAGGAAAUUGACAAUGACAUGCAGUCUCUUUACAUAAAUGCUGCUGAAGAUGCAUUUGAGUUUCGAGCUGACACCGAAAAUGAUGGUACAGUGGAAGGAGUACUGAGGUACCAUCCUUUCCUCUAUGAUAGGGAAACCUAUCCUGAAGAUCCUGAUGCAGACCAGGCACCUCCUGAUGAUGACAGCUGUGACAGUGAUUCAGAGGUUGUGCAUCAAGCAAGAGGGAAAAAAGCCGUAUUUGAAUGUUUUUGGAAUGGAAGACUCAUACCUUACACUGCAGUAGACAAGUUUGACUGGUGCACUCGGCCAGCUAAAGGAUCAAAGGUGCCUGCAGAGUGUUACAGUCGGUUUUCAGGGGUGCUUUUCACAAAUGACAAGUUUCAGGUCACCGCAAACAAACUCACUUUCAUGGAUCUGGAGCUAAAACUGACGAGCAAGAAGACUAUCUUCACACGUGUUGUUAAUGGACAGAAACAAAGGAGCAACAUUGAAAAGGACUUUACCCAGUGGCUCAACAAGUGUCAUGAGACACUGGACAAGCAAGUGCAUUUCUUGGGUUUUAAGGAGAUCAUAACACGUACAGACGUGCCCACGAAGAAAAUGCAACAUCCCUGGGCAACGUUCUCAUCCAUUGAAUGGCAUGGAAAAACAUACAGAACGGGUGAUCGUGUGAAGUCCCAAAAAACACAGCCUUUUUAUGGUACUGUGGUUCAGUUUUUGCUGUAUGGACCAUAUGAUGGAGAUGUCUUUGCUACAAGGGGACAAGUUGAAGUGGCUCCGGAACCUAGAGUACUUUACGAUAAGAACAAAAUCAUACCCAUAUCCAAGAUUGACAGGACAGCCACGGGUGAUGCUAUCAAACAAAACAUUGACAGUGACCUUGCCAAGCUUCCAGAUACACUGAGGGUAGAAUGGCAAGGUGUUGAUGCCUGGCCAAAUGAUGCUGUACGUCCAGCUGGUACUCCGCUAGGACCACUCAAAGUCGAUAUUCUGAACAAGAAAGGAGAGGUGUUGCACAAAAUGCCAAAAAUCGGACAAGGACCACAAAAAAUCCUGGCAGUGCAGCUCAAAGUUGUCUUACACGGUCCUAAGGGUGAUCAAGAGAUUGUCUCUCACAUUGCCCAGCGUUCCCCGAAAUGGGGUCACUGGUUCAAAGUCAUGACUAAUCUGACUAACCUGGGGAAGUAUACGCUCUCUCUGAACACUAUACUGAAUGAAAAUAAUGCCUCAGUCUGUGGAGAAAUUCAGCUUCCAAGCACUGAACUUAAAUUCACCAUCAGAGAGGGUUGUGCUGAACGGUUCAUCGUGGGUCCAGUGAACACCAAUAUUCAAGUAGGAGUACCUUUUGACAUUCCAUUGGAACUAAAGGAUGAAUAUGGACACUCAGCUGAGCCUCCCGCUAAUCUUAAACCUGUACUUGAAUCCAGGUGGUUACUCUUGGGUUGUUUUGUGAUUGAACUCUGUCUUCCACACACCCUGCGUGUGAUGCCAGAAAAAAACCCUGUCAAAGUGGAGAAUGGAAACCCUGUCAGGUUUAAUUUUGAAUACCUGAUGAGAAUGGAAACACCACACAUCAGCCACAAACUGAUUGUCCGCUGCCAGCUUCUAGACUUUUCUCCAGUACUAACUGACUGUAGCAGCGCAGGCUCUGGACAGAUGGUGACAAAGCCAAUAAACCUAAAUAUGCUCAAGGGAGAACCACAAGUGGUCAAAGUUAGAUUUGAUGUCCCUAGUCAAAACAACAUACCUUUGGUUGUGAAGGAGCUGAAGGUUAUGCCCAGCAGUAGAGUAUGCCGUAUGGAGCUCUUUCAGGAGGAUGAAGGGAAUCUAUUGCUGAGGGACAAAGAAAGAAUUGAAUGGUUGGCUGGAAGCUUGCUGGAAAACCUGUUUAAAAUGUUAAUGAAGGUGGGUGAAGAAGUGCCUUUACGGAUGACUAUUGUUUCUGUGAAUAAGGUUAACUGGACUGCCGAUGUAAACGUGAAUGACCUGGUUCAGGGAAAAUUGCCUGAUGUGCAGGUACCGACAAAUGUGACGGAAGAGCGCUUUUACCAAGUGUCUUACCAGGACCAGACGGUGUCUGUAUCCUUUACUAUCGUGCCUUGUCCAGAUGAAGCUAAAUACCUACAAGUUACACCAACUGAAAGGACUGUGAGUUUUGGAGAAACUCUACCCGGAAACAUCAUUUUGGAGUUGGUGGACAAGUAUCAUAAUGUAACAAAAACAUUAGACUCCACCUGUGUCAAGCAGCUCACUGUCAAAGCAGAGGAUCUGGACACAUCAGCUUUAAUCUUUACAUGGCAGGAGAGCAGCAGUUCUGUUGUGGUGUCUGGAGUACGCUUCCUCUCAGGGAUACCUGGUUCCAGAGAGAUGUGCUUCACUUUGAAAGGUUUUGUGGCAUCUGUCCCGGUAAAAGUGACCCCUGGGCUCCCUGCACAGCUUAAAUUAGUUAGUGGGCCAGGGCAGCCUUUGCAGGUACUGAAUGAACAUGCUAUCGCAACACCCUUUGUCAUCCAACUUUGUGACCAGUGGGGAAAUCCCUCACCUGACCAGAGGGUUGUGGUUGAAUUGAAGUCUUCAUCCUCUGCACUGAAGGUGGUGACAAAAGCGCUUUCACAACCUGUGAACACAGAAGGAAAAGCAACUUUCCUUAUUAAUCGAGUGAGCGGACCUUUUGGGGAGUAUGAACUGCAGUUUAAGGGUUCCUUCAACGAGAAGCCCAUCCCUGUUCUAUCAGUGAAGCUCACUGUUACUCCUGACCCAUACAAACCUGUCAGGUUGCAAGUGGAGUACGACACUACUGUAAAGUGUACAGUUGGGAAAACCUUCCCAGUGUUUUCUGUGAUUGUGGUGUCUGAGGAGGGAAGCCCUAUUCGGGGAAUUGACCCCAGAGCUGCUUCUAUGUCGUUGUGGAAAACAAGAGGUUCAGGAAAAACUCCUCCACAGAAUGCCAUGGAGCUGAUGUGUAGUAAACCCCUGGCCAGUGAAAAGGAUGCGUUUUACUUCAGAGAUAAAGUUAUCCCAGAAGAAGCCGGAAAGUACACCAUCCAGUUCUCUCUACGUAUAAUCAAAACAAAGGUCUUCUAUAGUGAGCAGAUGGUAAUAAAUGUGGUGGCCAGUCAUCCUGUCAAGCUGGCACCUGACAGUCUUCCACCCACCCCAGUUGUUUCCAACGAUGUCGAUCCCAACCGUACCUUGGUUGAAAAUAUGAAUCUUUGGAUAAUGGAUACUUAUGGAAACAGCACAGGGGCGGAACUUCAGGGGAAAGUGGUGGUUUUGAUAAAGCAGUCUGGGGAAGAUGAUAAAAGUUUUCCUUUGUUUGAAGGCCGAACCAAUACCUUUGAAUUGAGUUUGUCGGAGGGAAAGGCCCAUGUCACUCGGCUUGCUAUCAUGAAGAAUAGCCCUGGUCAGGAUGGAAGCACAUACAUCCUUCAGUUCAAGCCUGAAGUCCCAACACUUUCCACGCCCCUGGCUCCUUUUGAGCUUCCUUUCCAUUUUUACAAUGAUGCCGAAAAACAACAAAAAAAUGCUGGAACUCAAGACAUGUUUUCUGCAUCAAGUGACCUUCUUAAAUUGUUGACCAGCCAACACGAUGAUGCAAAGAACAAAGAGGUUGUCCUCAGAACUGAGCUUAACAAAAGGAACGUGAACAUCCCACAGUCUGCCUCUAUCACUGGUAUUGACAAACUUGCAAGAGAGAAGACUGCUGAAGUCGCAAAGGUCAUGCGUUUACCCAGAAGAGUCUGCACCCUCCCUGAUCCUUUCAAAGGGCACAAAGAUACAUUAGGAAUGGUUGGACACUUGGCAUUUGUGGAGGACGAGGAUGCUGCACGAGUCAUCUCAUGGCAUCUCAUGGGUGACAUGGAUUGCAUUAUCACCAAAACAUUAGCAGCAGCAGAGGAGAUUUACUAUAAAUCCCAGGGCAGGCAGCAAGUUAUGCCUCUUGACAACAUCUUUGUGUCUGCUGAAAGACCUCUGCCGCACCUCAGGAAUGGCUGUCUGUUUAAUCCUUCUGGGAAUCCAAUGUAUGCCAGAGAUCUCCUGAAGUUUCCUCAGAAUGAGGAGGCCUGUAAGAUGGUGUUCAGAAACCUGCUUGGUGAAACAAUUGUAAUUGAUGACCUACAGUCUGGAAACAUUUACAGAAAAACGGCUGUGCAGAAUGGGGUAUCAUGUGGAACCAUUCUUACCAGGCAGGGGGAGAGGAUCAGCGCUAAGGGCAAGUUUGGUGGCACAAGUAGCAAAGCCCCCACCAUUGAAGGAUUACGUGGGGUGUUUGGAGCGCCGUUUCCAAAAGUCUACAACACUCUAAAACAACAAAUAGAUCUGUUGCAACAAUACCGCACACUCUUAGAAAAGAAAGAUUUGGCUAAGAAGGAGUGCGAUGAACAUAUCCAGAAGCUAAAAUCGCCCGAUAUGUUAAGAAAGGAGGAGGAGAUGGAGGAGCAAAAGAGGCAGCUGGAAGAGAUCAGUAAGCAGCUCGGAUCCAACAUUGCCAGACAAGGGAAACGGAGUCACGGAGAAGCCAGCAAAACUUCAGGUGUCUCAGCAAAGAGGCCAAGGCAGAGGUCGAAGUGAGACAAAGAGUUGUACCCAUUUAUUUUUUGAUGCUCAUCAUCUGCUCCUAAUUUUUCAUUUUAAUGAUCUGUUCAUACUGUUUGGUACUUGUUCCUGAACUUUUUUUGCAGUGCAAUCUCAUAUACGUAUAUAAUGUUUUAAAUGUUUUAUUAAAAAAGCCUGUUUUAAUUGUUUCUGUUGCAUACUAUCUGUUGAUAAGUAGUGGUAUCACAGGUCCACAGCAUCUUAAUAGGGCACCGCAGUCUCGUUUGAACCCUGCGUGAUACUGGAGGAUUUGACUAUUUAGGGGGACCUCACCUCCGUUGUGCAAAAUAUACACAGCAUAACUUCACACGGAUAAAUGGUGUACUUUUUUGUUUUCGGCUGCAAUCACCGAAGCAGUUGCGCAAAGGUUUUUUUUUUCGGUUCCCAGUGGAGACUAAAAGGUGAGGCAGA